CUGGAACCAUUGGCAGCAGAAGCACUCGCAGGCAGACGCAAAAACCCAGCGCUCAGAGUCAGUAGUAGCAGCAGCAGCAGCAGCAGCCAGGAGGAAAAGUCAGACUCACAGAGGACUCAGCCACUGACGACAGCAGCAGUGUUUGCCACAGGCACCGGUAAAGCAGGAGCACGGCGUGCUUCACCAGAGCCAAGCAGGAUAUUGUUCCAGAGUACUGCAUUCUCCCAUUUGGCGUGAAGCUGUCUACAGACACUCAGCCCCAAGAGGCCGCAAGGACCGAGGAGGGACCGGAGCAAGAACCGCAGGCUCUCUGCAAGAAGGAGCUACUGGCAUCGCCGACAGACCAAGCGCACCGCGCGUCCACGCCGCCACACAUGGCCGCCCGUCGGAUGGAGGUGGUGGGCUUCCCCGCGCUGCCCGCCCACCUGCUGGCGUCCACCAUGGAGGAGUUCCCGCAGCAGCUGCCCGUGCCCAAAGGCCCCGCGCACGGACGCAGCCGGCCUCGCCGGCCCCGCGAGGCGCGCUUCAAGACACAGCCCGUCACCUUCGCCGAGAUCGCCGAGGUGGAGGAGGAGGGCGUCUCUCCGCUGGAGGAGGAGCGUGCGCGACGGUCCUUCCUGCAGUCCCUGGAGAGCCUGCGGAGGAGCACCCAGACGCUGCACCACGGACCCCCGGCACACGCCGCCCACUCCUCCUCCACCCCCACGCAGGCCAGCUUGGACUCCAGCGACUCCGACUCGGCACACUGAGGGAGGCCCUGGACCUGGAGGAGGACUGAGGAGCAGGACACACAGAUGAACUUUUAGUUCCUCUCCUUGGACUGGACAUUUCUCCUAUGUGCGUAGAUUCUUUGCUGUCACAUGAUAUAUGAAUAUAUAUACAUAUCUAUGAAUAGAUCAUAUCUAUAGUCUUGACAUGCAUCUGAUGCAUUCUCAACCAAACUCCUCCAGCAGUGUGACAGUAGUUGGCUGACUGGAUACCACUGCUUGGCAAGAGCUAAUUGUAGCUUGUAAGAUGUGACACAGUCAUAGUACCACUUUAAUUCCUCAUAUAUUCCUUUAUUUUUACUGUGUAAAGCAUUUUGAACUUUAAGCAGGGCUUGAAAGUGGAUCUAAGUAUUUGUUUUUUAAAAACAAUGAAGCAUUUCGUUUUUUUUUUUCACCUUGUGCCUGCUCAUAGAUUCUUAAAAGUAAAGAAGUGGCUGGCUCUUGAACUUUCUCUGCAAAGCUCUGAUCUCUGGCCCCCAGAGAUGUAAAAUUAACCACAGUAUGUUUUCCAGAAUUGAGGAACAAUGUUUUAAAUGAUUGUGAUAUUUAUUUUACUGAUUUUAAUUCAAUUAGGAAAAAGACACUGUGGACUAGUAAAGUCACUUUUCAUAGAUACAGAGGGAAAAUGCCUUUAUACUUUUGAUUUAAUUUUAUUAUCUUUUUACAGUUUCUUAUUACUUCAAUAAAUAUUUCCAACUAUA